AUGGUCGUUCGAUCAUCCGUGAGUGGGGCCAGUUUCGGGCUCAGAUUCUCUGGCCUGAUCUCGAUCCACCCGUUUUUCGGGGCGGGCAAGCCCGAAAAGCUGUGGGAUUUCCUCUGCCCCGACUCGAAGGGGCCGGAUGACGUCAGAUUGAACCCGGCCGCCGAUCCGGAUCUUUUGGCCCGAUUGGGCUGCAAUCGGGUGCUGGUGUGUGUGGCGGAGAAGGAUUUUUUGAGGAACAGAGGCUUGAUUUACUUCGAGGGGUUGAGGAAAAGCGAUUUUAGGGGUUCGGUCGAGUUUUUCGAGUCGGUCGGCGAGGGGCACGUUUUUCAUUUGUUGGACCCGGUUUACGAUGGGUCGGUUGUGUUGAUGGACCGGGUUGUGGAGUUCAUAAGCGGGUCUCAAGUUAGGGCGCAUUUUUAG